AUGUGGAGUCCGAGAGGGUGCGUCCCGGUACCUCUGCACCCGCGGGUCCUAGGCGUGGAGGUGGCCUCGGUGGGGGCCGGGGGAGGGGCGUCAGAGGGCGAGACGUUUAGACCCCGCCCCGGCCCCGCCCCGAGCCCGCUCCCAGGCUGCGGCCAGACAGCGGAGCAGAAGCUUGGGCUGCCGCGGGUUAAGCGCUACGCUACCGCGAUGCGCGCCCGUCUGCAGCCCCCGCUCCCAGUGCCGGUGGCCAGCGGCCAGGGCCGUCGGCGUUUCCCGCAGGCGCUGAUCGUGGGCGUGAAGAAAGGAGGCACGCGAGCACUCCUCGAGUUUCUGAGACUGCACCCCGACGUGCGCGCGCUCGGCUCCGAGCCUCACUUCUUCGACAGGUGCUACGAGCGUGGCCUCGCCUGGUACCGGAGCCUGAUGCCUCGGACCCUGGAGGGACAGAUCACCAUGGAAAAGACCCCCAGCUACUUUGUGACACGAGAGGCACCCCGCCGCAUCCAUGGAAUGUCCCCAGACACCAAGCUGAUCGUGGUAGUGCGCAACCCCGUGACGCGGGCCAUCUCCGACUAUGCUCAGACGCUCUCCAAGACGCCGGGCCUGCCCAGCUUCCAUGCCCUGGCCUUCCGCCACGGCCUGGGCCCUGUGGACACAGCCUGGAGUGCCGUGCGCAUCGGCCUUUAUGCCCAGCACCUUGACCACUGGUUACGCUAUUUCCCUCUGUCCCACUUCCUGUUUGUCAGUGGCGAGCGUCUGGUCAGUGACCCGGCUGGCGAGGUGGGCCGCGUGCAAGACUUCCUGGGCCUCAAGAGGGUCGUCACAGACAAACACUUCUAUUUCAAUGCCACCAAGGGCUUUCCCUGCCUUAAGAAAGCCCAGGGGGGCAGCCGGCCCCGAUGCCUGGGCAAAUCCAAGGGCCGGCCCCAUCCCCGAGUGCCAGAGGCCGUGGUCCAGCGCCUUCGAGACUUCUACCGGCCCUUCAACCUCAAGUUCUACCAGAUGACCGGCCAGGACUUUGGUUGGGACUGA